CAACCCUAGUCUGGAAAUCUGCUGUUGGUUUGUGCCUUCUUCAGUCCGAGACGGAAUCUCCUUUCAAAAUCUUCUCCCCUUGCCCCCCUCCCACCAACCACAACAAAAACCUAGGGAUUCAGCAGAUUCACGCGCGAGAACGCGCGUUAUCACGCUUUGCGGCCCGCUUUUCGCGUUGUAAUCCCGAACGACCAACCAAAACGCGGUACGAAAGCGAGGCAAGUGGUUCGAAAAUUUGCCGCCAUGUUUACGACGAGACUUCAUGAAAGCGUGAAUUGUCACUUUUCUCGUCCGUAGGUCUCUCUGUUCUUGUUUGUUUGGAGGAAUAUGAUGGAGUUUGAGAGGUUUAGAACGGUGCUAUGAAUAUCACAGAGUGUUUUCCAAUGAGGAAACGACGAUCCAUCGACAAGACGCCCGGACGUACCCAUGACGCUUCAGUGAUUCCCCGCCGGUCCUCUCCUACUGCCAGAUUACGGCGCACUCCUCGUCGUCUUACCGGCAGCAGCUGUAAUAACUCCCUUUUGGAUCAGUCCUUAGAGAUUGUGUGGGAUAAUAAUUCUCCAUCACCAACAAGAACUCUAUCUCUUGGAAAACGGAAGAAACAUCAUGGAAGUGAUAGCAGCAGCAGUGGGGGUGAAAUUUCAGAUUUGGUACAAAAGUUAGCUGACAAGUCUGGUAGUACUCCAGAAGCAAAUCCUCCACUACUGGCAUUCUGGAUGUCGAGAGAAAACACUACAACUGUUCAAGUUAACAAGGAUGACACCACAGGUGAAGGCAACAACUCUAACAAACAGAAGAGCAAGGAAUUCCAAACGCCAUCUCGGCGACCAAGGCGAGUUCUUAGAAAAUGUAACAAAUCAAAGAUGAAACUUCUGCAACAGGACAUUGAACUACUUGUCCACCCAGUUGAGAAAAUAGAAGAGAAACCAGUCAGCAAAGAGACUCUGCCUAAGACAAGGGAGCAACAACAAGAUCCUGCCUCAAAUUUGGAAGGUGCUUGCAGUGGAAUAAAACUGAAAGGAACUGAAAAUUCAGAUUUCUUUGAUGGCUGGGACAAUGAUGAAGAUGACCUGAUUUUGAGUCAAGUAGAUAUUCCUACUUUUAAAACGAACAUUCCAGAAACUCAAGUGAUGACCAACACUCAGUACCUGGGCAGUGGAGAAGAUACUCACACCAGUGAUGUGACACAGCACCCAUUACUUAAAACAUCUGACCACAGAACUGCUGCAGAUGUUCAUGCACAUACAAAUGACAGUAUAGUGACAGAGAGUUGGGAUUUUGUCGACGGAUUUGGUGAUAAUGACGAUGAAAAUGUGCUUCAGAGUGCUCUUGAAGACUUUGAAAAAUCCCAGCAGGUUUCUAUUCCAACCGUCAGAAGGGUGACACAUUUACACAUAAAACCUGACUUGUCACAUAUUAGUGGUAAACAAAAGAAAGAACUUUGUGGCUCACUAAAUCCACUGGGAAAGAGCAGUUAUGCUUUGACCAGCUCAACGAGCCACUGUUCUACAAAGCAGAAAGAUAACAGAGUAGGGGCCAAUUGCUCAAGCAAAGAAAACUUUUCUUUUAUACCACGCUCUUCUCUUCAAAGCUGUACUUCUGCGAGGUCAGAAAACAUCACCAUGCAGCAAGUAAAACAAUGUAACCUAAAGAAAACCGACAGUCUUAUCUUGCCACAAACUGGCCCACAAAGAACAAUGAAAGAACAGAUAAAUGACAAAAGAAUAAGCCAGUACAACAGUGUGGAAGUAAAUGUCAACAGACAGCAAGACAGCACAGGGCAGAGUAUAGUACAAAGGGGAUCUAAGACUACCAAAUGUUCAAAAGAAGACAUAGAAAGAAAAAAGCUCGAGGCACAGAAUCGUCGCAGACAGAAAAUGGCACAAACCCAACAGAAGCAUCAGAGUUAACUUGAAAUAAACAUGUUGUUUCACUAGUUCUGUUCCCAUGGUGAUUUGUUACAUGUACAAAGAAUUAAAUUCAUUUCUCAGUGUACACAUAACAGUGAAUAAAACUGAUCCAAAAGGA